CAUCCAGAUCUCUUCCACAUCAUUUCUGGCUUUUAGCUAUAUUUCAUGGGCGACUUUCAUCUUUCUGCUUGCAACUCUCUAGACAAUGCUAGAGUGUAUCAGGGAACCUUCUAGCACACUAAAGUAUCCCAGUUUUGUCUUAUUUUGAAUUUAUUGACAAUCUAUGAACAGAAAUGAGGCUUCAGUUGUGGUUGCUGGCAAUGAGUGCUGCUCUCCUGCAAGGCUGCUGUUUUACUUCCUUCUCCUAUUUUGGUGCCUCCUUUGGUUUGGAAACUUCAUUGGUUGGUGACACAAUACAGGUGCAUGUGUAUUACAGAGGAAUCAGCCUUCCAUGCUCCCAGAGCCUAGAUCGAAUUUGUGUUGCUUUAAAUUGCACUAAAUCGAGAACGCAAAUAGUGGGAGACAACAACCACAUUGCGACCUGGUGUUUGCUCGAUGGAGAGAUUAUAUUCCACCACAACAACACAAGUCUGUUUUACAUAAGCCCAUCUGGUUGUUGUUGGUCACCAUUAGUGGGAUCUCAAAGGGAAGCAGAAACUCUUCCGUUUACAUUCUCCUUAUUGGCAGAUUUGAGAAAUCGCUCAGACAAUGUAGCAAUCAAUGCACCUCCUCAACCACCUCUACUACCCGUCUUAAGGGUGCCUCAGAAUUGCACUGCCAAGUAUAACCUUACCAUAUAUGAGAAGGAUGGAGAUAUUCUGAGAUGUCGUUAUGGACAAACAGCAAGACAUGAAUGUGCCCACUGUACCCAGCUACCAUUCUUCAUGUUAGACCAGGAAGAUGAAUCUCACGAUAUCUUCACAAAUAAAAUCAUCAACCGGAGCAGAAAUACAACAUUGGCAGAGAGAGAGCAGGUGGCCAUCCCAGUGACGUGUAAAUUCCAGCGAUUAAAUAAUGGCAGUAAAGAAACCAACUUAUUGAAGAGUACUACACAGAAGAUAUUUGGAGACUACAGCUUUGAGAUACAGUUCAGUAAACAGUACAACUCCAGCAGAAGAACAGCCAAGGCCCACACUCCAUUUGAAGCUACCAACAAGGACCUUUUAUACAUAAGUAUCACUGUCAAGAGCAAUGUGACUACCCUCUCACUCUAUGUGGAAUCUUGCCAGAUGUCAGAAUAUAACGCUUCAGCAGGAAUUACACUUUUACAGCAAGGCUGCUUAAAUAACAGCACAACAAAGGAACAUCAAACUGGAAACAGUAAAGAAAAAGUAUAUUCCAUCAAACUGUCCUCUUUACCACAUCACCCCACACAGGUGUUUGUUACUUGCAAUGUCCAGUUAUGCACCAAUGCGUAUAAUUCCACAUCAUGUACCCUGGGAUGUGGUUCUGACAAUAAUUCACAAAUGGAACAUUCGGACAUGCAGCAAGUCAGUGCAGGACCCAUUCACAUCAAAAAGGAGAGUGACUCUGGUCCUAAUUAUGCUACUAUCACAGUUGGCCUAGCCUUGGGAGGCACCGUGGUCUAUGUUGUUCUCAUCUUGUUGAAGAGAUCAUUUGUGGGACUACACUACAGAGGUGUUACUAGACAUUCUGCUCGGAUCAGAUCAUUUUGAUGAAAGAAACUGAACACAGAAGCAGUGAAACGUACCUGUUUGACAUCUGUUCAUUGGUUCUCACCUCCUACAACUCCCUCUGCUGGCAAUUAGAGGCCUCACAACCUGCACUGGGCGAUGUCAUAAUCACUUUUGCUCACUUUGGAUUUGGAAUGGAUUUGCAUUUUACUUUCAGGGUCUGAACUCCAUUUUUAUAUUUUUCCACAAGUGUAAAAGUAAAUCUUCACAACGUAGUAAUCUUUUUGCUACUUGAAUCUAUUUACAAUUCAUGUUGCAUACUGAGCUGCUUCAGGGUCUGAAAUCUUGCUUACACUCAUUAGUUGAAAAUCCUGUUCUACUGUUUCUUGUGAAAGUACAGUAGAUCUCUCACCCAGAUUCACACACAAACACAACAGAAAAUGUACUGGCCAUUGCUGUAAUGUGGAAACGUGCUCUCAAUAAAUCGGUUGCACAUUUCCAACUUUGCCCAAA